CUGGCUGCCACCGCAUGUCCCGGCGCGGAGAAGUCCAGGGCGGGAGGGGAGGCGAGCCGAGGCGGAGGAGAGGGAAGCGCGAGGGAGACGUCGCCUGACUGCGAUGACACCGGGCGCCGACGCCGUCAUCAUCGCCGUAGCAGCAGCCAGCCGGAGCGAGCAGGCCAGGAGCCGGAGAGCGGCCGAGGCGCCGUCCGUCCCGUCGUCCUACGUCGUCUGGGAGAAGGAGCGGUAACUGGUUCGAUAUAUUGGUCGAUGGCGAGCAUGGAGGUUGAGGCUGCGAGGUGCGAGUGCUGCGGCUUCACGGAGGAGUGCACGCCGGAGUACAUCGCGGCGGUGCGGGCCGAGUACAUGGGCCGCUGGGUCUGCGGGCUCUGCGCGGCGGCCGUGGGCGACGAGAUCCGCCGCGCGGGCGCCCGGGGCCAGCGCGCCAUCACCACGGCCGAGGCGCUCGACCGGCACGGCGCGUUCGCGCGGGAGGCGCCGCGCGCGCCCGGGAAGAAGGCGUCCGAGGAGCUCGUGGCCGCCGUCUCGCGCCUGCUCCGGCGCUGCCUCGACUCGCCGCCGGCGUCCCCCGCCGCGCCGCAGGGGCGCAAGGUGGCCGCGGGGCCCAGGUGCACGGACGCCGAGGAUGAUUGAUCGAGGAUAGCUAGCUCGUGGUGGGUUGUUGCUGUUGCCAAUGAUUGGGCAAAGGCGUCAAGAAUAAUACUUGGGGGGCAUGUGCCUUGUGCGGCUUGCCUGCCGUCCUGAAGAAUGAAUAAUUUGCGUCCUAGCUGAUGAUUGCUCGAGACAGGAGCCAUCAAGCUCCGUAUGAUUGAGCAUGAAGUUAUCACGUAAUGUACUACGUAGCAUUUGUAGUAGUAUCCGGUUGUGUUGAGUAUUAGCUCAGGCUUCGGCUACGCAUUGUAGUCACUCUGUACAAAAGCAUUGUACUGGGGUUAUGCAGCUUCUUGUAAGGUUUUCAGACGGACAUGUAAAGUAGUAUUCAUUGCCUUAA